UACGUUCCGAUGUCCGCCAUCUUGGUUCGCAUACUUGGGGAGCACCAAAAUAUCUUUGAAUACGGGCAUAUCGGGCACCGGUACAUCCUAAAUUGGGCCAUUUUCAACUGAGAACACAUAGGAUUCAAUUUAUAUUUUCGAUGGUUUUGAUGAAAUUUUCAAAUUUGUUUCAGUUUUUAAAUGUUAAUCCUGAUAGUUAUUGGUAACUUGUGUGUUCUCAUUUACAUUUUGUCCAGGUGAUUGUCAACUUGGAAUAACUGGGUUCUAAUUCCAUUUCCCACUCUUUUCCUGACCAAUGACAGAACAGAAUGAUGGUAUGGCGUUAAUGGGUAAAACCACUGAAGCGUGCUUCCUGGUCAUAAAUACCGCCAUGAUGGCCUUCAAAGGUCGUUCAGUACAUUGGUAUAGCAGAGGCAACAUGUGUCUUAUGUCGGACUUUAUAUUCUGUUACUUGUGUUGACAAGUGCACUGUUUAAAAGUAUUUCUCGUGUUUGAGAAAACAUUAUUUAUGCCGAUAAACAAUAAAAUUUAAGGGUGCUCUUGAAGUAUGUGCACCAAGAAGGCGCACAACCUGAAUAUAGUACGUGUACCAGGUUAGGAUUCAGGUUGUGUGCCAUCUCGGUGCACAUACUUCUGGAGCGCCAAUCAAAGUGCUCUGACUUAUUUCUAAAGUCAAGAUGACUAAAUUGAAUAUGACCAUUUUCUAAUGUAUUCCUACGAAUUCAAUCCAAUAUUCAAUUUGUUUUGAUCAUUUCAGUUCAACUUUCAACCUUUUUCUACAUUUACUCAGCUCUACCUCAGUAAUAUAAAUAUGGCAACCCUAGCUGAAUGGGUCUAUGACGAAAUAUGCAAAUUACUUGGUCCAGACACACCGCGAGCGUACACUGACUAUAUUCUGGAAAUACAAGAUAAAAAUGAAGUCAAAGAAUAUCUUGAACAACUCUGUGGGGAGGGGAAAUCCCCUGAUAUCGAAUUAUUUGUGAAUUUAUUGACUGCGAAACGAAGUGCAGUACAGGAAAAUGUGACAGUGUAUAAAAAAGAAUGUUUGGUGCUCCCGAAGUAUGCGAACCAAGAUGGCGGACAUCGGAACGUAACAGGCAACAGUGACCUUGAGCAGAGGUCAGUGCGUCCAAAGAAGAAAAAAGAGCCUAAAAAGGUCAUGACCUUGGACGAUAUAUCACCCGCGACAACACCAAAAACUCCGCUCGACGCUGUGGCGAGUAAGAAUGAAAAAUCUCCAAAAAAGAAGACGACGUAUGUGUCAUUGUAUGGCAAAGAUGGUGAAGCGAGAACUAAUGCUGUUCUGCUUCCAGGGAGAAAUGCCUGCGAGUGUCAGGCUCAAAAACAUAAGCUAAUCAACAAUUGUCUUGGGUGCGGGCGUGUAGUUUGUGAGCAGGAAGGCUCUGGACCUUGUCUUUUCUGUGGCAAGAUGGUUUGCACUCCUGAAGAGAAGAAAAUUCUUGCGAGAGAGUCGAAUAAAAGUGAAAAACUACUCAAGAAAUUAUCCAGUAUUGGAGGAGGCGCAUCAUUAACAGAGGAUAUUGAAGCGACUAAAGGCCUCCAGAGGGCAGAAGAAUACAAAAACAGGUUACUAGAGUAUGAUCGGACGUAUGUAAAACGAACAAAAGUAAUUGAUGACGAGUCUGAUUAUUACGCAACAGACACAAAUGUUUGGCUGAGUCAAAAGGAGAGAGAAGCAAUGAAAAAGAAAGAUAGAGAAAUGAGAGAAUUAAGAUUUGGGUCACGGUUGAAUAAAAAGGUGACGCUUGAUUUUGCUGGGCGAAAAGUUAUAGAUGAAGAUUAUGCGCCACCACAAGAGGGUGCUGAGCAAGAAUUUUUGGCCCAGAUCGCAGAUGAAAAACAAGCGUACGACCCCUCGCUCCAAGAUGCCUUCCCUGACCUACCAAUGCCAAAAUUUAUCGGUAAAGAAAAUAAAACACCUGAAAAUGGGAAAUCCCCCUCUGGGAGUAUGAAAAAACAAGAAAAAAUACAAAGACAUCCUCUAAAUAGACUUCAAGAUAAAGAAUUACAGCAAAUGUCUGAUAUGGGCUUAUGUUUGAGUAUGCAUCAGCCGUGGGCUUCCUUGCUUGUCAAAGGCAUCAAGAAAGACGAGGGAAGAACAUGGUAUUCCAACCACAGAGGCAGGCUAUGGAUAGCCGCAGCAUCACAUAAACCGACCCCUGAGGAAGUAAAACAGAUAGAAGACCAGCAUAGAAACUACGUUGAUAACGACGUUGUAUUCCCGACUGAAUACCCAACAUCUUGUUUACUUGGUUGCAUUAAUGUGGACAACGUUAUGAGCCAAGAGGAGUACCGUUCCGCGUAUCCGAACGGCGAGUCCGGGUCUCCAUACGUUUUUGUCUGCUCUGGCUUUGAAGAACUUCUAGUUAAAGUACCGGUAACAGGAAAACAUAAAAUUUGGAAACUACCGCCUAAUUUACAUCAGGCUGCUAAAAAAGGAAGGACGAUUAUGCAUGGAGAUUUUUGAGUAAUUUAUCUAUUUCAUGCGUGAGAGAAAAAGCUUAUUAUAUGAAUAAUUCUA